AGUGCUGCCGGCGGGGUGGAUCGGGACUCAACAAACCGUUAGUUUCUAGGAACCGCCGACCGAUUUGAGAGACCACCGUGCUUAUUCCCCGAGAUUUGUCUGGUUCUUGAUACCCCUCUACGCUACCUACAGCUCACUGCAAAAAUGGGAGAUCGGGAGGACUUAGUUUAUCAGGCUAAACUGGCCGAGCAAGCCGAGCGAUACGACGAGAUGGUAGAGUCUAUGAAGAAGGUGGCAGGGAUGGACGUGGAGCUCACAGUGGAGGAGAGGAACCUACUAUCAGUGGCAUACAAGAAUGUGAUAGGAGCCCGAAGAGCAUCUUGGAGGAUAAUAAGUAGUAUUGAACAAAGGGAAGAGAACAAGAGCGGAGAAGAGAAACUGAAGAAGAUCCGGGAAUACAGGCAAACGGUUGAGAAUGAGCUGAAGUCGAUCUGUAACGACAUUCUGGAUGUACUGGACAAGCACCUUAUCCCUGCAGCUAACACAGGAGAGUCCAAGGUCUUCUACUACAAAAUGAAAGGUGACUACCACAGGUACCUGGCAGAGUUCGCGACAGGCAAUGAUAGGAAGGAGGCAGCAGAGAACAGCCUCGUGGCCUACAAAGCUGCUAGUGACAUUGCCAUGACCGAGCUGCCUCCCACACAUCCCAUCCGCCUUGGCCUGGCCCUUAACUUCUCUGUAUUUUAUUACGAGAUCCUCAACUCACCCGACCGCGCCUGCAGGUUGGCAAAGGCUGCGUUUGAUGAUGCCAUCGCAGAACUGGACACACUGAGUGAAGAAAGCUACAAGGACUCCACACUUAUCAUGCAGUUGUUACGUGACAACCUGACACUAUGGACUUCAGACAUGCAUGGAGAUGGUGAAGAACAGAAUAAAGAAGCGCUGCAAGACGUUGAGGAUGAGGCCCAGUGAGACUAUGCCACCUACAGCCAACACUUGAGACUCUCCCUUCACUUCCUCACACUCCUCACCCCGUUCUCCCCGGCAUCUUCACCCCUUCCCAUUCGUCCCUUUUCUCAGCCUCAUUCUCCCUUCAGCACCCCCCCACCCCCUUCACUGCAAACUGAAAGCGCAAUUCCUUCUCUUCCUUUCCCACCCCUUCUGGUCUUGGAUUGUCUCUCCUUGUCCCAGGUUUUUCCCCUAUACCUCAGCAGCUUUGAGGCCCAGCAGGGUCACGGAGUUAUCAGUUUUUCUUUUUUAUUAUUUUAUUUUUAUUUUUUAAUUUGCCCUUAAAUUCAUUUCAAGUAAAUACCACUUAAUUGAGACAGUAUACACAAUGUUAGAAAGACAAAGAUAAGGAAAGAGUCCCUGGAUUUUGUUUUUCUUGUUCCUGGUACAAGCGGUUUUUAAAUUUUUGUUUUCAUUAUUGUGGAUUUUCUUCUCCUCAAUAUUUUUAUCAGUUGCUGGAUGUAUUGAGAAUUUUUUUUCUUAAUGUAAUUACAGAAAUUAACUUUUAUUACUGAUAUGUUGACUAUUAGUUAUGGGAGCUGUUUUAUCUCUGUUUUUAGUGAAAUGUCAGAUGCAGAUUAUUUUACCUUUUUAUGGGCAAGACGAAAAAAACAAAGUGCCCUUUUUGUUAACUUAGUUUUUCAGAGGAAGUUGGCAAAAUUUGCGAUAUCCAUGUGGGGCAAAGAAGUGCUUAACUUUUACACCAUAGUGAUUCUGUUGUCAUGUUUUUGUAGUUGUCCCUGGACUGUAUUUUGUGCUGAAAUACUGUAAUUGUGCACACAUGCUGAUUUUUUCUGAAGGCUGACUGAUGGCUAGCAAGUGAUCAUGUAAAUCCAUUGGGAGUACUGUCAUAUCUGUAAAAGACAAGUCUCAAUUUGGUCCGGUUUCUUGGCAAAGAACCUUAAAAAUAAUGUUAUUGUCAGUACUUGCAUGAGUCGAUAUAUCCUUUUCUGUUGCUUCUCCCCUCCUUUUUACUAAAGUUCUACGUUUUGUUUUUAUUUCCUUUUUUUUCCUUUUUUUUUUUUUUGCUUCAUUAUGUGUAACUUGGAGCUGAUUUGUACUACUGGAUAUCUGACUGGAGCCACAGACUGGGAAUCUGUAUUGUUCUUACUGAAACACAGCAUGGAAUUAACAUUAAACAAUCUAAAUUAAACAUUACAAAUGGUCUUCUUUGCCUU